AUGAGUCUAGAUUCACAGUUGAGAGUAACAAUGGAUGUGCUAGACUGUUUCUGGACUGGUGGUUUUGGACCCUUGGCAUUACUUGAAGGCAAUGUAAACCAAGAAGUAUAUGUCGACACUCUGUCUCAGAAAUUUGUAUCUUGGGUUAAAAAUCUGUCAGAGAAAUAUCAGAAGGACUUCAAGCUCCAAGAAAAUGGUACUAGCUGCCAUACUGGGGCCUAUGCAGAGUGGUGGAAAGAGACCUAUAAAAUUAAAAACUUUGAGUACUGGCCUGCUCAAAGUCCAGAUCUAAAUCUAAUAGAGCAUGUUUGGUGGGCUCUUGAGAUCAAAUUGAGUAAAGUACGAGCCAGCAUACUAAAUGUCAAUGAGUUGAAGAUUGCAAUUCAAUGA